AUGGCAGCCAUGGCACAGACGUGGGGCAAAAAUCAGUGGCACACUAGUGUGGCUUAUUGCCUGGGGCUAAAGGGCCCUGCUUACGUGGUUGACACUGCCUGUUCCUCCGCUCUCGUAGCCGUGGACAAUGCUGCAAUGAACCUUCGUCGCGGAAGGUGUACCGCCGCAGUGAGUGCGGCGGCAAAUGUCAUGGCCAGUCCGGCCACCUUCGUGAGCUUCAGCAAGCCGCGGAUGCUUUCUCCCCGCGGCCGAUCCUUUACCUUUGACGCCUCAGCGGAUGGCUACGGCCGAGGAGAAGGGGCAGGCGCCGUGAUGCUCUCUCGCCUACUGGAUGCGCAUGGCAUGGCUCGGGCGGCGCUGCGUGGCCUCGCGGUGAACCAGGACGGCAUGAGUUCCACCAUGACGGCGCCCAAUGGGCCAUCGCAGACCUUGGUGGUGCAAACGGCGCUGAUGGAAGCGAAGAUGACACACCAUGAGGUUUUGCACAUGGAAUGCCACGGUACCGGCACCCCAUUGGGUGAUCCCAUUGAAGUGGGGGCCCUGCAAGCUGGAAGUCUACAAGAGGGCAGUCGCCAGCAACCCAUGGCCACAGCAGCUGUGAAGACCAGUGUUGGGCAUUUGGAGGGCGCUGCCGCUUCGCCGGGGCUUUUGAAAACGGUGACCUUGCUGAGCCGACGAUCGGCAUUCGCAGUGGUUCAUCUCUACUCAUUGAAUCCUCAUCUGGACCUUCCAGAAGAUGCACCGCAGAUCUUCCAGAGCGAGCACGUGCCGCUCAACGGGCGUCGCACUGGAGCCCUGUCCUCCUUCGGCUUCGGUGGGACCAACGCGCAUGCGGUGCUGGGUGAGUCGGAGGUCCCGGUGGAUUUCAUCACGUUGCAACGACCACCGCAGUAUGCCAAAAAAGCAUUUCCAUGGCGAGAAUUUGGAUUUCGCUUACUGAGACAUCAAGCUGAGAACAGUUUUGAAGUGAGCAUGUCGUCAGAUGUCUAUGACAUCGUGUCCCACCAUGUGGUCUUCGGAUCCAUUGUAACUCCAGGAGUUGUUUAUGUUGAGAUGGCGAUGGAAGCUACCCGGAAGCUGUUUGGGCAUGACGUGGCUUUGAGGGAUGUCACCAUGGUCUUCCCUUUCGUGGUGCCAGAUCGCUUCGCAGAUAGUGGGCCAGCUCCCAUCAUGCGGUUCCAGAUGAAAGGCGACAGUCGAUUUGAGAUCCAGAGCAGUAGCAAUGGGAAAAGCACUGUGCAUGUGGAAGCCACCUUGGAAAAGGCCUCGAAAUCUGAGAUGACAACUCUGGAUCUGGAGGAACUUCGAAGUCGCAUCAAUGAACCAAUUGAGACAUCUGUGGUUUAUGAUGCGAUCAACUCGGUGGGUCUCUAUUUGGGCCCCAUGUUCCAAGUGGCCAAGAAGCUAUGGAGGAAGGAGACGGAGACGUCUUCGGAGGUCUUGGGCCAAUUGGAGCUGGAUUUUCCUGGGGUGAAGAAUACUGGCUACAUCAUGCAUCCAGCACUGCUGGAUGGUACCAUCCACAUUCUGGCCACUGCAUCCAUUGGAAAAAAUGUCAGUGGUUUGAAGAUCUUUGGAGGAGUCGGCAAAGUUCUGGUGGUGAAGAGGGAGAACUUUUCCAAGUUGAAACGCUAUUGGGUACACAUGCGCAUCACUGAAUCACUGGAGGCUUCCCAAACCUUCAACAUUCGCGUGGCGGAUGAUGAUGGUGCGGUGCUGAUGAUCAUGGAGGAUGUGGUCUUCCGAGCGGUGAAACCUGAGCAGAUUCAGAUGGCCAUUGCGGCGCAGGGUGCACGAGAUGAUGAGCAAAAACUCUACGAAGUUCAGUGGUCUCCAAGUGAAUUGGAAAGCAGAGAUUUGUUCAAAUCAAAUGGUUUGAUCUUUGCAGAUCAAGAGGCGGCUGCAGGAGCCCUGAAAGCCAUUGGAAAGGACCAGACCUUCGCAAAGCAGAAGGCUUUGUCGACUUUGGAGCUCGACAGCUUUGAAUGGAUUCUGAGUAUCAGCACUAGCCACAAACGGAGUUCCUUAACUCCAAACCUGCUCUUUGUCCUGAAACUCCUGCAAUCCCUUGCAAAGUCCAGGCAUCCCAAGUUCCAAAGCCUGAUCCUGGCCACACGCAAUGCCCAAGCAGUGGCCACUGGUGACAUGGCUGGUGCUUACUGCCCGCUCCAUGCAGGCCUCUGGGGCUUGGCCCGUGCCUUCCGGAACGAACAUCCUAUGGGACCCAGGGUCCUCUGUGUCGAUCUUCCACCAGGGGGAAGGCUUUCAGAUCUUCGAAACCUUCCACUGCCCAACAGCUCCACAGAUGAACAGGAAAUAGCACUCCGAGACCAGAAAGAGGAGACCCAGAUGUGGAUCCCGCGAUUGGAGGAAGCCAACUUAGAGCCUCAGACAGGUCUGAGUGGCUUAUCUGAUGGAAGUUAUGUGAUUACUGGUGGCCUGGGAGCAUUAGGAUUGAUGUUUGCUUCCUGGUUGUUGGAACAGAAAGCACAGAAAGUGGCCUUGAUCUCUCGAAGUGGCAAACCACCGGCAGAUUGUCAGAUCACCUACCGGCGGUUGGCUUCCAAGGUCUCUGUUCACAAGGCAGAUAUUGCGGACCAGAAAGCUUUGGCAGAGGUGAUAAAGGCGAUUUGCAAGCUGGCUCCGAUCAAAGGCAUCAUUCAUGCUGCAGGGAUGUUGGAUGAUCACAUGAUCGCAGACCUCACAGAGUCUCAUAUGACCACAGUCUUGGCACCCAAAGCAGAUGGUACCAUGAAUUUGGACGAGGCAGUGACGGGACAGAAGUUGGAUUUCUUCGCACUCUUCUCCUCAGUUGCAGCCUUGUUAGGCACACCUGCACAGGGAAACUACUGUGCGGCCAAUGCUUUCAUGGACUCCUACGCAUCUUACCUGAGAGAUGAGAAGAAGAUGCCAGCUGUUAGUAUCCAAUGGGGGCCCUGGGCUGAAGUGGGAAUGGCUGCCAGAGCCAACACGGCGGAGACGAGCAUUGCCAGAAUCUCUGCCAGCAAAGGAAUGGAGGCGAUGAAGAACAUUUUAUCCUCACCCUUGCGCAGCGGUGUCAUUGCCGUGGCUCGCAUCAAGUGGACAGCUUUGCUGGGACAAUUGCCUUUCGUUCCUCCAUUUUUGAGUAAGUUCAGUGUGAGCAAAUCAGUAGCUCCAGUGGGAAACUACACCUUGGAGGAUGUGAAAUCCUUGGUGGUUUCAGCCCUGGCAGAUGCCUUGGGCUCGGAAGACUUCGAUGUGAACACGCCCUUGAUGGAGCUGGGACUGGAUUCCUUGGCGGGCGUGGAGUUCCGAAAUCGACUUCAGGGCGCAGUGGAGGGCAUCAACCUAACGCCCACCUUGAUGUUUGACUACCCCACGGUUCCCGACCUGGUGGAGUACAUCUGGUCGCAGGUUGGGCCCUCUGAAGAUGAAGCGGCCCUUCAAGGUUUGCAGGGUGGACACAUUGGAGACCAACUGGCACUGGCCAGUCAUAGCGGACGCUUUCCGGGCAGCUUGGGGAAUCAUCCAGGUGACUUCUGGCGCACCCUGAGUUACGGUUUGGACACCACGGCCGAACUGCCUCCGGAGCGCUGGGACAUGGAUGCUUUCUACGACUCCGAUCCCGAUGCACCAGGAAAAACCUAUGUGAGGUUGGGCCAUUUCAUUCCCGGCAUCGAACAAUUUGAUGGAGAAUUCUUUGGUCUCAGCGAGAUGGAACAGCGUGGCAUGGAUCCACACCAGUGGCUCACCCUGGAGAUUACCUACGACUGCAUGUAUGCUUCAGGCCUAACCAAAGAAACGAUGAACGGCUUGGAGUGUGGCAUCUAUGUGGGCUGUGCCACCCUUGGCGGGAUUGAACCAGACAUCCCGGCCUUCGGACCUUUUACCAACAUCGGCUAUGCUUACUCUGGCCUGUCCGGCCGGGUAUCCCACACCCUGUCCUUGCGGGGGCCUUGCUUCACAGUGGACACGGCGUGCUCUGCCACAGUGGUUGCUUUGGACUGUGCCAGCCAAGCCAUUCGCUUGGGACGUUGUAGGUCUGCAGCUGCCAGCGGUGUGAACCUGCAGCUGUCCGCCGCAAUUUGGGUGGGCUUUGCCAAAAUGCGUGGCCUUGCGAUGGACGGAAACUGCAAAACCUUCGACACCUCUGCAGACGGCUUCGCACGCGGAGAAGGGAUGGGCUCAGUCUAUGUGAAACCCGCAGCCGGCGAGGGCAUUGCCCCAGUGGCUCUGCUGGGUGGUGUGGCAACAAAUCACGAUGGCCGUGCGGCAACCAUCACCGCUCCAAAUGGCACGGCGCAGCAGCGCGUGCUUCGAGCGGCAUUGGCAGAACGAGCGAUGACACCCGAGGCGGUGGGGUGCCUGGAAUGCCAUGGUACCGGAACAGCUUUAGGAGAUCCCAUCGAGGUGGGUGCACAGAAGGCGGUCUACGGCAAGACUGGUGGGUCUUUCUCCUUGGCUGCAGGGAAGACCAACCUGGGACACCUGGAAGGUGCUGCUGGUGUGGCAGGCCUCAGCAAGGCGGUGCUGUCCUGCCAGCGGGCACAGGUGCCAGCCCUGCUGUGGCUGCGACAGCUGAACCACAACAUCGAUCUGACCGGCUUCGCUGCUGCGAUCCCAACGGAACUCUUCGAUUGGCGCAGUGCGACGGCCCGCAGAGCGGCGGUGUCGUCCUUCGGGUUCAGCGGAACCAACGGGCAUGCACUGGUGGAAGGACUGGUUGAUGAAGUUUUGGUGGAACGACCUCGGGCCAACUACACGCGACGCUUGUUGCAGCCAUAUCGACAGUGGAUGCAGGAUGUUUCAUUCAACGAAGUGUUGAUUCCCAUUACAGUGGAGCAGAUUGAUCGAACUGGAGGCGAGUCAAUGCUGCUCAUCGGUGAGGGCGAUAGCUUCAAAGCCGCUUCCACUUUGGCCACGGCUGAACUCGAGGGCUACCCAGGUUCAGAGGAGAUCAUCAAGGUCGUUGCGGAGAAGAAACCCAACACCGCGGUCUUUGUCACAGGUCCCAGCGGAGAAGUGCCUGGGAAGGCUCUGGUAGAUUUGAUGAAGUUCCUGCAAGCUUUGGCAGCGCCUGGAAGUGUUGAAACUGUCGUGGUGCUCAUCUUCAAACCCAAGGGGCCAAACUUCAGAAGUGAUGCGGCACUUUGGGGCUUCGCGAGAUCAGCUCGCUUGGAACUUCGCACCAGCAUCAAAAUCCUGGAAUGUGUGGAGGAAAGUCAGGUGGUCAGUGGAUUGAAAGCAAUCCUAGCAUCUCCAGAGCUUGAACUGGUAGCCGGUAAUCAGGCCCCACGACUACAGCGGUGCCCCACAUCCCUGCAGCACCGCGACGUGCUGCGCGUGCCCUUCGAGGGCUCGGCGUUGCUGACGGGCGGCCUGGGAGGUCUCGGGCUGGUUGCUGCACAAGAACUGGUGCAGGUGGGUGUUUCGAGUUUGGUGCUGGCCUCCCGCAGCGGCCGGCCGCGGUCCGCACACUCGGUCAGCCGCCUGGCGCGGCUGCAGGCCGCUGCGGCGAUCCACAUCAAGAAGUGUGACACAGGAGCGGAGGCAGAUGUUGCCUCGCUGGCGUCCAGUCCUUUGGAUGUCAAGCUGAUUGUCCAUGCAGCUGGUGUGUUGGAUCGCUGUCUGCUGCCGGAACUCACUUCGGAGAGGUUACAGCUGACCACAAGACCCAAAGCCCAUGGAGCUUGGUAUCUGCACCAAGCCUUUGAGGGACUCCAAAGUUACGUCUUGUUCUCUUCGGUGUCAUCCAUCUUGGGCCUCUCUGGUGGAGCCGCUUAUGCUGCGGCCAAUGGCUACCUGGAUGGCUUGGCCAAGUGGAGACCAGGGACACUCAGCUUGCGCUUGGGGCCGGUGGCUGAAGUGGGAAUGACCGCAGACAGCAGUGAUGCGAAGGCCAUGGAAGCCAUGAAUGGCAUGGCCCUGAAGACGUUGUCGUUAGCGCAGGUUUCCAGCGCCUUGCGAGUCACCUUAGCCCCUGGUGGCUCCAUCGCCUUCCGCGAGAUCACCUUGGCGCGGGCCGACUGGGCCCGUUAUUUCCGGGACGCGGCCGGGCUGGUGCCUUCGUUGCAAGACUUCCGCGAGGACUCUGCAGCCGAAUGCGGUGCAGCGCCAUCUGCCCUGGCGAAGCUGUCGGCCGAUGAGCGCGAAAGCCACGUGCUGUCGGUCAUCCGCCAAGCGGCUAGCUCCAUGCAUUUGGAGAUCCAGGAUGACACGCCACUGAUGGAGGCGGGCAUCGACUCCCUCUCUGCAGUCGAGUUUCGGGGCAAGAUCUCCAGUGAGUUCCGCUCAGUGCGACUGCCAAGUACGUUGAUGUUUGAUCAUCCCACACUGAAGGCUACUGCAAGCUACAUCGCUGGACAAUUGACUGCCACUGCUCCCAAUUCAUCAGUGGCAUCUGUGACGCCAAAGAUGGAUAGGAUGGAUCCAAAAAAUAUGGCAUUGAAGGUGCAGGGAGCAGCUUGUAACUUCCCAGGUAGCAGUGAAUUUUCACACUUUUCCUGUAGUUUGUGGCAGGGAACUGAUACCAUCAGUGAGAUGCCGUUCAGCCGCUGGGAUGUGGAUGAGUACUACGAUCCAGCCAUGCCCACGGGCCUGGAGAUGUACGUCCGCCACGCCGCUUUUGUGGAGAACGUGGAGUUCUUCGAUGCCCAGCUGUUUGGAAUCACAAAAGUGGAAGCAGAGGCGAUGGAUCCACAACAACGCCAUUUGUUGGAAACCGCCUAUGGAGCCUUCAUGGAUGGCGGAUGGAAAAAAGCUCAUUUGAUGGGCAAAACUGCUGGGGUUUUUGUGGGUCAAGACAAAUGUGAUUGGAAUCGGAUGAUUUCGGCAGCUCAUGCAGGGCCCUUUGCGGCCACGGGAGGAUCCGCAUCCAUCUCCUCCAAUCGAAUCUCCUACUCCCUGGGAUUAAAAGGUCCAAGUGCCACCGUGGAUACCGCCUGUUCAUCUUCCCUGGUUGCAGCGGAUACAGCUGCCAUGAACAUUCGCCAGAGGCGCUGUGACUUCGCAGUGAUUUGUGGUGUCAACAUGCUGCUGUUGCCUCAAACCUUCAUAGGUUGCUGCCAAGCACGGAUGUUAUCGUCGGAUGGACGAUGUCAUACCUUUGAUUCCUCAGCAUCAGGAUAUGCCCGGGGUGAAGGCUGUGGUGCCCAGGUCUUACAAAAUCUGGAUGUCAUAGGUCCCAAUCUGUCGAAGUUUUUGGGCAGUGCUCUGAAUCAAGAUGGGCGCAGUGCAAAUUUGACCUCUCCCAAUGGACCUUCCCAGGAGUUGGUGGUGAAAAUGGCACUUGAAGAUGCUCAGAUCACCUCCCAACAUCUGCAUCAGGUGGAGACCCACGGCACCGGCACCGAGCUGGGCGAUCCCAUCGAAACCGGCGCCUUGCGUUCGGUGCUGCGCCGGGAUGGGGAUGGCGAUCCGGUGCGGCUGGGGGCGGUGAAGAGCAACGUGGGACACCUGGAAGGUGGCGCCGGAAUGGCUGGACUCUCCAAGCUGGUCACGCAGCUACAGCGGAAGUCGGGCAACGUGGCCAAUCUCCACCUGCGUCAGCUGAAUCAACACAUCUCGGAGGAUUGCAAAGACUUCGCUGCGAUCUUCAUUACAAGUGCAACCGCUUGCACAGAGGCAGCAGCUUCUGUAUCCUCUUUUGGAUUUGGUGGAACCAAUGGGCACGUGGUCCUGGCUUCGCCCGAGCAAAAGGCAUCAGCACGACCAAGUGUUCGCUUCGAAGGCUGGGACUGCACCAUGUCCAGUCCAUUUUGCAUCUCGGAAACUGCCCCAGCUUUCCCCGGAGGUCGACAGGCCUUCCUUUGGCGGGAGCCCGCGCAUCCUUUGAUACGACACAAGACCAAGCGGGACGAUGGAGUCGUUGUUCCUGGUGCCUGCUAUCUUGAGAUGAUCUUGGCGGGUGUGAAAGCCCACCUGGGACCGCAGGAGGCCUGGUGUAUUGAAAACCUGGGUUUUGCAAAGCCUUUGGUCUUGAGAAAUGUCCACGGCUCAGAUGAGUCGAAUGGAGUAGGCCCGGCCGGUUUGGUCCACGUCGUUGUCAGCGUGGCGUCCAUGGAACCAGAUGAGGAGGCGCGAAAGAUCCUGACGACCGCUGAGGAGUUGUUGGUCUUAGGAAAGAUCCGCGAAUCCUUGGAACAGGCGCAGAUUGCACGUGACUACUACCUGGAAUCAGGUGACCUGGCGAGUGAGGCGGAGGCCUUCAGGAUCGAAGUGUUGGCAAAGCAGGACGAUGGCGAAUAUGGGGCCGUCACAGGUGAAGCCACUGUGAAAGCGCCUGAUAUCGACCUUCUCUGCGAAAUUGAGUUGGCAAGAGCUCAAGCAGCUGAGAACAUGAAGGCCGAAGGUGUCCUUCUCUAUACCUUGGUCGAAGUGAAUGUAACUCGACCUUUACACAAGAUGCGACACACCAGCAAGUAUUGGUGUGAAGAGGCUCAACGAAUCUUUCAGGAGUUGGAUGAGACCUUUUGGGAAGGUCGAGCUGCCUUGAUGAUGGUGAAUGUCCUUCACAAGUUCCAGCAACCUCAGCUCAUGCACAAAUUUGCCAAGGAAGCUUAUGACUUGUUUGGAAAAGUGGGAGAUCUGAAGCGUCAGGGGAUGUCACUCCAUGCCACCAGUUUAGCAUAUCUCAAUGAGCAAAACACAGCAGCCGCUGUGGAAACAGGUGUAAAAGCUUUGGCCAUCUAUCGUGACAUCGGUGACCGGCGCCUGGAGAUUGCCGAGCUGAAGACCAUUGCCAUCUGGCGCAUGACGCUGGAGGGCAAACAGGGCAAGAUCGCCGCGCGCGAGGCCGUUGAGGCUGUGGAACUGGCGCGGAAAUAUCCGGAGCCCAACCAGGAGACGGUGACGCUCCAUGUGGCUUUACAGGCCUUGUUGAAUAUUGGUGAUCGAAAACAAGCCAAGGAGAUUGCUCAGGUAUCUCUGAAGCGUUUUGAAAAGGAUCCGCGACUGAAUUUGGAAGCGACCACCCUGAAAGUCUUCUUAUCUCAGCUGCAGGGCGAGACAACCAAUGAGAUGGACUUAGUGGAAGGCAUCAAAUCUCGAAAACAGAAGAUGCAUAUGUUGAUCGAUUUAGCCCGAUCUCAUGUGAAUCAUGGUAAGGUGAGUGAGGCGGAAGGCUUCGCCCGAGAUGGCUUGGCGUUGGCGCGUGAGUUCGGAAAGACCUUCCGGGAAGCUCAGGCCUUGAAGGUCUUGGCAGAGGUCCAUCUGUACAGGGGCGACCACUUCGAAGCCAUGUCUUUGACCAAGAAAUCCAAGAAGAUUUCGACCAAGGAUGGUGACAAGGAAGGUCAAGCCAAUGCCUGGCUGCUCUUGGCCCGUUGUCAUUUGGCCGCCAAGAACCACGACGAGGCACAGAUGAGCUGCCGAGAAGCGCAUGCUCUCUGCGAAGAAACCAAGAAUUUCCAGCAGGAGUUGGAGGUAUGGCAGCAGGUGGUGGAGCUUCAUAUGGCCACCUCGCAUCACGAUGCCGCGCUCCAGGCGGCUGCCAAGCGCCUGGAGGUGGCGCAACGGAACAAGGCUUCCAUCAAGGCGCAGGUUGAGGCGCUGGACGUCAUUUGUACCUUAUUUAUGGUGCAGAAAAACAUCCCAGAGGCCGAGAAAUCUGCGGCGGAGAUGCUGCGCAUGGCCAAGCUCAACGAGAGUUUGAUCGACCUAGAAAUUGCUGCCUUGGUUCAGAUGGUUCAGGUGAACAUUUUGCGGCUGUCGGAAAGCAACGGCGCGGGCAGUUUCGGCGCCAAGGCUUUGCAAUAUGCCGAACAGGCCUGGGCCUUGGCUUCCCGCGAAUCAGCAGGAUUGGACUACAAGAGCUCGGCCAAAUAUUGGCACGCUGAAGCCUUGGUAGCGGUAGGUCGUCAUCAGCAAGCUCUCACUGCGGUGAGGGAAGCUGAGGCUUUCUUCAAACAGAUGCGGAGCAGAGACUCCGGCGGCUUGUUCCGCAGCGUCCUGCUGCAGGGCAGGUUGGAACGAGCAUUGGGGAAGCUGCCAGAAGCCACACAGAGUGUGGAACGCGCCCUGCAACUGGCCGUUGAGGCCAAGAACAGCUCAUGGGAAAAGAUGGCGAAAGAGGAGCUGGUAAACAUCGCUCAACCCAUGGAUGAGGAUGAUGAGGAUGGAUCAUUUGAGCCAAGAGCUGUACAGAAAACUGCAGCACCACGUGCAAGGUCAGCUGGUUUAGAUCCCAACAUCAUCCGUGGGAAGCUGUUGCAACAUGUCCGAAGUGUCCUGACGGAAGAAGGAGAUGUGGAUGGGGAUACACCACUGAUGGAUAUGGGACUGGACAGUCUAUCCGCUAUGGACCUCCAAAAUCUCAUCGCCUCCUCCUUUCCCUUCAGUGGUGCAUCCAGUACCAUCCUCUUUGACUAUCCCACCAUUCGGGAGCUCACAAACAACUUGGUGGAGCAAAGUAAAGAGGAGCCUGUGCAGCUUCGCUUGCUGAUUUGGCCGGACGGUCGUCUGGAGGUGGAGAGUGAAGUUGGGGACGAUGAAGCAGUUACAACUCAUGUGGAGGCAAGUCUGAUCCAAUUGCAAGGGGGAUGGCAGAAGAAUCCCAUUGAGAAGGACAAGCACAACCUGUCCCAGCUUCGAGAUUCGUGUCCUGAAGAUGUGGAUAUCGAUCUGAUGUACUCCUUUGGGGUGAAAAGUGGACUGCCUCUGCAGCCACGUUUCCGUUGCGUUCGCCAGGUUCAAGUGCAGAAGAAGGAACCUUCCGGUCUCGCCAGACUGGAGAUGGAACGUGAUGGAACUCAGCUGGGAUUUUUCUUGGGCCCAUCAGUGAUCGACAGCAGCUUCCAAGCCCUGAUGGCCCUCGCGGACGCGGAUGUUGGGAUUGGAUCCUUAAAGAUCCCCCUGUCCAUCAAGAGGCUGCAGCCCACGGGCCGACCAUACUCCAUUGGAGUUUGGUCCCAUUUCCAGCUCCUGGACUGGACGGAGCAUUCCACAGUCUUCAGGUCUUGGAUGAUGAACGACGCUGGCGAAAGCCUGCUGUACUUUGACUCCGUUCACCUGCAGGAAGUGCGGGACGAGCAUCUGCAGAAGGUCCUCCAGGCCUCUGGUCGUCUGGGUGCGGAGCAACAGGCGCUGUACUCGACGACGUGGCGACCCAUGCCGGCGACGUACGAGGUUCCAACAUCCACAUCCAAAGAUGGCUGGUUGGUCCUUGGCAGAGCUGAUGAUAUCAGGACCUCGGGAUUGAAAGAAGCUGGCUGUCAUUGCGUAGCACAUGGAACUUCCAAGCAAUGUGUGGACUACAGCAAUGAAUCCGCUUUGGAAGCAAUUCUACAGAAAUUUCCAGUGGCGGUUUUCGUGGGUGGAUUGUUUCAAGAUGAGAAAACCACCAGCAGAGCGCACAGCGAAGAUGUGGACGUUCUCGUUCUGGCGCUUCACCUUUGCCGUGCUGCUACUCGAGUGGCCCGUGGUGCAUCCUCACCACAGAUCCUGUUGGUGACACAUCGCGAGAACAAGUCGAAGCCAAUCGAGCCCGUCCAUAAGGGUCUUUGGGGCUUCGCAAGGACCGUGCGUUUGGAGGACUCAAAUCUGAAGAUCACUUGCCUCGAUGCCGAUGAAGCAACCGAUGUCGCCCAAGCUGUUGAAGCUGGGCUUGCAGCAUUGGAUACGCACCAAGAAGAGGAGCUUUCUUUCCAAAGGAUUGGCGAGGACAGGUUGUCUUGCAGCCGCCUGACCCGCAGUAGCCUGACGGCUCGCGCGCCCAUCCGGUUGAACAUGCCGUUUCGCGGAGCCCUGACAGGCUUGAGACCCGUGCCACAGAACAUGCGACAACCUGUGGUUUUGGGAUCAGUCCAACUUCGAAUUCGAGCAGUUGGUUUGAACUUCCGAGAUGUCCUGAACGUGAUGGGCUUGUACCCUGGAGACCCCGGUCCUCCCGGAGCAGACUGCUCUGGCACCAUCUUGGAGUUGGGUGAACGUGUGAGACACUUGAGGACAGGAGAGGACGUUUUCGGAGAAGCUCCUGGAUGUUUGAGUACCUACAGCCUGGCUCCAUCGUCCCUUUUGACGCAGAAACCUCCAACGUGGUCCUUCGAAGAGGCCUGCACGAUGCCUGUGAUCUUCGUCACGGUCGAGGAAGCCUUAGGGGAUCUCGCACAACUGAAGCGUGGGGAGCGAGUCUUGAUUCAUGCCGCUGCUGGUGGAGUGGGUCUGGUGGCGAUCCAGUACGCCAAGUAUGUGGGGGCAGAGGUUUUUGCCACGGCGGGAGCAGAGGAGAAACAUGCCUAUUUGCGAAGUUUGGGAGUGAAGUACAUUACAAGCAGUCGAAGUGGAAACAAGUUCGAAGCAGACAUGAAGAUCUUCCUGGAGAAAGAGGCUGCUGAAGGAGUGGAUGUGGUUCUAAACAGUCUCAGCCAUGACGAUUACAUCUCUCGCUCCCUUGCCUGUUUGAAGAGUGGCGGACGUUUCAUCGAAAUUGGCAAAAGAGGCAUUUGGAGCCACCAGCAGAUGUGGGAAGCACGCCCAGAUAUCAUGUAUGAAAAAAUCGCAGCGGACACUAUGAUGGAAAAGGAGUCUUGGAGGUACAACGCCUACCUGAAGAGACUCCUCACUCGAGUGGAAGCUGCUAGUUUGAGCCCUAUCAACAUGCACGUCUUUGAAGGCCUGGAGGAAGGCGUACAUGCACUGCAAUUCCUGCAACGAGCGCAGAACAUCGGCAAGGUGGUCAUCUCGCAGCCCAGCAAGAUGUGGAGGGUGCCAGGGAUGCAUAUCCUCAGUGGUGGCACUGGUGCUUUGGGCAUUGUCACGGCGCAAUUCUUGGCUGAAGAGGGCGCCAAAUCCAUCUGUCUUCUGUCCAGAGGAGGUAAAGCUCCAGCAGAGGUGCAAGGACGUUGGGAGUGGCUGCAGGCUAGUGCAAUCGAAGUGACGGUGAAGCGCGGUGAUGUUUCAGAGGAAGCUGCUGUGAAGGCCUUUGCCAAAGAUUUUGCAAAAGGUCUUUGCGUCUCUUUGCUUCAUCUCGCUGGAGCGUUGGCCGAUGGCAUGCUACCAGCGUUGGACCGGGAGAUGUUUUUGAAGUCCUAUGCACCAAAGGUUCAUGGACUACGACACCUCUUACGGCAUGUGAAAUUCGAGGAUUCAGCACAGUUCGUGCUCUUCUCCUCCACCUCGUCGUUGUUUGGGGCGCCAGGACAAGGCAAUUAUGCCGCGGCAAAUGCCAACUUGGAUGCGUUUGCACCCUACUGGUCUGCAAAAGGACGACCAACAGUCUCAGUGCAGUGGGGUCCAUGGGCAGAAGUGGGGAUGGCAGUGCAGAAGGGCACCGUGCAACGAGCCAAAGCCAGUGGAAUUGGAUCUCUCAGCAACUCACAAGGCAUGGCAAUCCUGGGCAGCAUCCUCUAUCAGGCUGGCCCAGUGCAAUGCCUGGUGGGUGCCGCUCAUGUUCGCUGGUCCAAGUUCCUGCAGACGGUGUUCAAUGCUGGCACUCCGUCCUUCCUGCAAGACAUGGAAGCGGAGGCUGUGAAGAGCACUGAAGGAAAAGGAGAAGGAGAACUGGCUGCAGCCCUGUCAUCCAUGGGUGCGGCAGAACGUCUCGAAGCCAUCCAGCAACGAGUGAAGCGUCUGGCGGUUGAUGUGGUGGGCGAAGAACUCGCUGGGGAUGAUCCCCUGUUAGAGUCUGGAAUGGAUUCCCUCUCUGGAGUGGAGUUCAGAAACCGUUUGCAACAGGAGUUCGGUGGGGUGCGUCUGCCGAACUCGGCUGUCUUUGACUACCCAACAGCUAACGCGUUGGCAGCUUUCAUCGCGGAUCAGUUUGGAUCGCCAGAACCUGAAGCUGCGACCACUGCGGCACAGCCGACAGUGACGACUUCCACGUCGAUUUUGGAGCUGUUGAACGAGAGGACCAGUGGCCAGCCGAUUUUCCUGGUGCCCGGUGCUGCACUGCAGGCCGCUGGUUUCCAAGCAUUGGCGGUGUUUCUUCCGGUGCCUGCCUAUGGAGUGUCAUGGCCCAGCAGUCUUCCACGUGACAUGUGGCCGAGAACACUCACUGAGUUGGCCCGCCUCAUCUUGGAAGAGGUUCGCCAGGUUGUUCCCUCGGGACCGUUCCACUUGGCGGGGCAUUCCUUCGGCGCCUCGUUGUGCUUGGAGAUGGCACGGCAGGUGGAGGCUGCAGGAGAGGUCGCCCUAGUGAUUCUGCUGGAUCCUAGAAGUCUUCUGCCAGUCGAAGAUGCAGGUGGAGUGUUUCUCCAAGCAGGUCUGUUGGAAACAGUGGCGCUUUUGUCACAAACGGUGGCGGAUGGAGCUCAUUAUGCCUCCUUAGUGGAGGAGCUUUCAAAGAAAGAUGCUGCAGCGCAAGCUGAAGCGUUUCAGAACUUGGGAGCAGCAGCGGUGGCGACCCUGGAACAUGUGCACGCGACCUUCCGAUGGUAUGCCACACUGCUGUCUGAAAGUGAUACUAUCAGCAGCAUCCAAGCGAGGAUCCAUUGGCUAUGUGCUGUGGAAGGCUGGCUUCAGCCUGAUGAUGCGCCCAAUGAGGCAGCGAAGAUCGUGCGCCGUGUGCAGGCACAGGUUUUCCAGCGCAAUGCCAAAGUUGCAGAGCGCUUGAGAAAUUGGAGCAGUUUCAAGGUGUUGAAGGUCUCUGGAGACCAUUUCUCCAUGCUCCACGAGCCCCAUGUGGCAAGUACCGCCAUGAGGAUGUGCUUCAGCUUGGUGGACGCAGAGGAGGUGGUCCAGCAACCAUCUGGCCUUCAGGACAUCGAGCAACAGGAAGAAGUCGCGGCACAAUCGACCCUGCCAGAGGAGGUGGUCCAGCAACCAUCUGGCCUUCAGGACAUCGAGCAACAGGAAGAAGUCGCGGCACAAUCGACCCUGCCAGAGGAGGUGGUCCAGCAACCAUCUGGCCUUCAGGACAUCGAGCAACAGAAAGAAGUCGCGGCACAAUCGACCCUGCCAGAGGAGGUCCUGGCGAUGCAUCAAGCACUUGAGCAAGAAGAGCAUCGCUGGAACCUGAUGGCCUAUCGCUUUGGGAAGGCCUGGGAUUAUUGAGUCGGACCUUCAACCGCCUGAAGACCGGGCCGUUGAGACUUCCGCUGUGCUGAAAUUUUCAAGAUUUGGCUUAUUUUGGCUUCAAUUGAGGCUGAUUUGACCUGAGAAAUCUGAGAAGACCUGAGAAGAAAA